CAAUCAACAGUUUACCUAAUCACAAACAUUGCUUCUAAGAGAUAAACUCUCUAUCUCUCUUUUUCCUUAACUAUUUUGUGAGUUUUUUUUUUUGUGGAAUGGUGCAGUGAUAACCAACCAGGCAAAUCAGAGCGUUAUGAAAAUAGCUGAGAGGAUGAAAAGAAGUUUCCUUUCUGGAGUGGCCACGUCAGCAGGAGAUAUAUGGUUUAAGUUGCCUGGUAAUACUGUCAGAGUGAUGACUCGGAAGAGCUUGAAUGAUCCAGGAAGGGCCUGUAGGGGUCAUUCUCUAUGCAUCCACUUCGUUUUGGCUCCCGGUUCCUCCUAACACAGUCUUUGACUUCCUCAGAGAUGCCAACAAUCGAACCAAUGUUAGUACCUUUCUUGGAACACUAACUCCUCUUCCCUUUGCUUUCUUUCUUGAUAUUUAGAACAUGUGUUGAAAUGUUAUCUGCAGUGGGAUGUUAUCACAACUGGAGGGGAGGAUGUGCAGUUGAUGUCACAGAUUGAAAAUGGGAGAGACAGUAGGAACUGUGUAUAUUUUACUCCGGACCCCAAACACUAGCCAGAAGAAGAUGAUGAUGAUGAUGAUUCAAGAGACCUCUACUGACCCAACAUUGACAGAGAGUGUUGUUCUCAAGGGAGGUGACCCUGACUAUGUGUCACUACGUCCUACGGGUUUUGCUAUUCUUCCAGAUGGUACGGCUCAGCAUGGAAGAGAAGGAGGGUCACUCGUGAGCGCUGCCUUUCAGGUUCUUGCACUCAAGAAAUGAGCAACUCGCUGGUUUCUGGCGGGCUGAGUGAGCAAGUUCACCUGCAAACGUUUCAAAAGACAGAGUGAAAGAUGUUUAAUUAUGACCAGACAACCCUAAUAAUAGUAACAGAACUUGAUCCUAACAAUCCAAAAAGGAUACUGUAAA